GUAAAUAUCCCGAGCAACAGUAUGUCUAAUAUUGUUACAGUAAGAUGUGGUCAUUGUUCCAAUCUUUUAUCAGCGGAUAUGAGGGGUAUGGUUCUAACUGACACUCAGCAAAAUAAUCAGGAAAUUCAGUACGACAUGAAAACUGAGGAUCUCCAUGUGCAUCUGGGGUCAGUUUCUGAAUGCAGUAGGGCAUCAGAAGUCAACACAUUUGGCGUUGGUCAACAAAGAAUUCUGCCAAAUCGCCCACCAGAAAAGAGGCAGAGAGUACCAUCAGCUUAUAACAAGUUCAUUAAGGAAGAGAUCCAAAGAAUCAAAGCAAGUAACCCUGACAUUAGCCACAGGGAAGCUUUCAGUGCCGCAGCUAAGAAUGUAAGUUAUAAGUUUUGUUAAGAAGUAGAAACACCAAGUAUCAACAACUAGCAUUAAUAUGCACGGCUACUUUAGAAUUUCUUUUAGCAUUCUGAGCCAUACAAAGCUUGAUUAUGUCUUUCUUCUGCAUUUCCUUCCGUUUUGAUGCCAUAUCUUAUUGAUCAAGCGGUUGAUAAUGAAAUAUGAGCCAUACUUCACAAAAAAAAAAUAAAAACAAAAAUAGAAAAUAUCAUAUAUCCAUCAACCACCAAGUUUAUUUCAAUCCUA